AUGGCUAAAUGGAAUCCCCUCCUCCUCCUCCUCCUCCUCCCAGUCACAAUCAUCUUGGUCAGCAACAAGAGCGUCACUCUGCUCUCUCAGAUAAGUUACCCAGGUCCUGGGUCUCGGCUUGACCUGCAUGAUGCAUGCAAUCUUCAGGCUGUUUGCGGCGACGAUACUGCAUGCGAGUGGGUAUUCGCAGCACGGAGAAUGAUGGUGAUGAUCAUAUCAUUUCGAAGAUAUAGGACCUCGAAGUACGCUUGUGUGAACCGCGAGGAUGAUGGAAGGAGUCUGGAUGGCAUGCUUCGAGUUCUUGCCCACCGAAUAGAGGAGCAUACUAUGGACGCUCAGGAGAAAGCUAUCCCAGAUGGGCGAUCGUACCAUGCAUUACUAGUACUUAUCCCUGACGAAGACAAGUGGCAGGGUACCCACUGUGUGCGCAACUUUCGCCCUGCUGACAAGGCUCCAAAAUUGUCUAUACCACCCACGCGCUCGUCCGUAUCCGUCGCUCAGUGGUCCGACGCUGUGUGGUGUUUGACUAAGGCUGGUUGGCCCCGAUAUACGACAUUAGCGCCUUUGGUUCAGGAGCGAGCUAUUCAACACAGCGAACUCGCGGCCGGGCUCACAACGGGUAUGUACGUUCCUACGCCAGCUUCUGCAAAGGCUUCUUUCUUGGACAUCGCGGGAAAACUAGCCUGCUACAAUCCCGUCGACAAUUCGCGCCGCCGUGAUGGCGUCAAGCACUUGGCAAAUCAGAGGUGCUCUUGUCAAGUCAGUCUGACAGCCUUCUGCAACUGGGAGCUUGUCACUGUCAAGAGCGCGCAUCGAGAGGUGGUUCUCCUUCUACCAGCCACGCCCGUACCUCAGUAGAAUCCCAAUUGAGUGGGUUCUGGGCUUCGCGGAUCGAUGGAGUGAGCUCCCGAAGUAGUAUUGAUGCGCCGAAUGACAGGAAAACAAUGG